AUGACGCUGACGAUGACCACAGAUGGGUGGGAACGACGGCGAGUGGAAAGCCCAGGUCGUCGUCUCCGUUCGCCCACCAGAUCCACCACCAUGAACGGCCCACCAUCACACCACACCAACAUCAAUGAGCGCCCACCAACGAAGACGAGUGCCCACAAAGAUGACGUGACCGCCCACAAAGACGACGUGACCGCCCACAAAGACGACGCGACUGCUCACAACACAACCGCCCACAAAACGAAGACGAAAUCAACGGCAGCCCAGCUCCACGGACGCCAAAACGAGCCAACCGCCCACAAACGAGGACCCAGAGCACCCACGCACGAAGGAUUCCGCUUGCGUGAACGGAAAUGGGCAACGACGAGCCCAGGUAAGCUCCCCUUCCCUCCAACAUUCCUCACCACCACCCCUUUAUCAUUCCCCCUCCCUUCAUUGCUCCCCCUCCCUCCCUCAAUUGUUCCCCCUCCCUCUGUUGCUCCCCCUCCCAUUUCUCCCCCUCCCUUCAUUGCUCCCCCUCCCAUUGCUUCCCCUCCAUCCAUUCCCACCCCACCCUUCACCACUCCCUCUCUCCUCCAUCACUCCUUCCCCCUCCCUCCCCCCUCACUUUCUACUACACCCUCCCCCCUCCAUCACUUCCCCCCUCCCUUAAAUAUUGAGAAUAAAACCAUGAUUACAUGA